AUGGCCUUUCCACGAGCUGCUGGGUGGCAGCCGCGCUUGCAGAGGAGGCCGCUGCCUGAAGACGAUGAGCCACCUGACCACCAUCAAGGCACGACUGCAGAUGACCCACCACAGACCUACCGUAUGGAUUCCACAUCGCAUAGCUAUGAGUUCACCACCCACAGCGAUGCCUCAACGCAGUGUGUAUGUCAGAACUGUGGUCAUGAUGGUUUUCGCUUUGACAGAGGGCAAUGGCACUGCACCGAGUGCGGCCACGCGGACUACCGCGCCAGCGCCGGCGCCUUUGGUCAAGCAGGCUGGUUCUUCACACCUCAGCCUUCGACCGCCCAGCAUACCUAUGAACGAGCCCAAUACUAUGCCCGACCUACGACGACUCCAUUCAGGACUACACCAAUGGGGACUAUGCCCAAUGGCGGCUUCCGCGAGGACCUUCACGAGUACCCCAUGGCAAUGAUCCUGAAACUCAUCGAUUACCAGGUCAUCAUCCUGCCGAUCGCCUACGGCAUCCUCCCGGACUCCAAAGAGUACCUGAUCCCUUUCCGCCUGAUGGCAACGAGACAUCAAGAAGAAGAACGACACCUCCUCCUCGGGGAAGACCACUUGGAACACGUUGAAAGGCCCCAACCUGGGGUCAAGUUCAGGGGCGGAGCUGUUCCGCCGGCGCCCCAGUGGCACUACGAGAAGGGCGACUUGCGCGCCUACCAGAAGUGGGAAAAGCGCGUGCGCAUGUGGAUGCUACAGGUCCAGAACUACGUCCCCAUCCGCGAGACUGGCAUCCUUCUGUUUCAAUCCCUAAAAGGGGAAUUGGAAGAGGAACUUGAAGACGCUCGCGGAGCCCGCCUCCUGGAGCGAGCCCGUCUGAGUCGUGAACAUCAACGACAAGUCCUCAUCGGGGCGAUGCAGACUUUGGACUUUGACACCGUGAAGGAUGUGAUGAUGUUUCAGUGGAAGUUUGGCAAUCUAGCGAUUGAUGUCAUGCAGUUCAACAGCUUUGAACAUGUUCAUUUGUGGCAGUCUUUUUCGAAAGAUCUGCGCCACCUGGUCAAGCGGACUAUGGAGUGGGCACGCCGUGCUCAGAGAUUCCUGCGGGCGCCCCUGGCUAUCUCCUCGACUCCUUCGACGGCAACUCCAAAGAGAAAGGCCAAGGCCAAGGCGGCCCCAGUGGCACAAGUGACCGCCCCAUUGGCAGGACCAGCUUGCGAUCAUCGACGCAUCAAGCGGUCCGGAAAUCGCCAUGGCUCCUAUACAGUGCAUGGAGCGCAAGAAGAAAUGGAAGUGGACUCCAAGGCUGGAGUACUUCGUCACAGCAUCGGGUUCCUCACCGUUGCACCUCGACAGCAAGCAGGCUAUCUGGAGCCACCGCCUUUGAACCUGGAGGAGUCCGACCAUCCAGAGGAGGAGAUCGAUGCUUGGAGCCUUCUCACAGUCCUGACCGUGGAGCACCAGAUCUACGCCGACCUUCCACCGGCCAAGGACGUCCCAAAGUUUGACGUGGCCGUCACUCAGAAACAGCUCAUAGCCAACAGUGAGCCAGGACAAGUCCGCAAAGGACGCAUCCAGGAGGGGCCACCACUCUCCUUCCGAUCCCUGACGGGACCCAUCCAGUGGCUCGCAGGCUCGACCAGAACUGGCUGCCUGGGUCUCAUUGGCCAACAAAGGGAAAGACACAGGGCGAGCUUGCUCAACUCUAUGCCACCCUGGACUACACAACUCACCUUCCAAGAUGUGGCGAUCAACCAAGUAGCCACAACCAUCGUCGGGUACGCCGACAGCUCCUGGGCGAAUGCAGCUCAGUGUGCGUCCCAACAGGGAUGUAUCGUGCUCCUCACGACGCCUCUCUGCACUCAGGUCAUCACCAAGGGCAACAUCGUCGAUUGGCGCUCCAAUCGGUCAAGCCGAGUUUGCCGCUCGACUCUAGCGGCAGAGUCGAUAGCUUGCGAUGACUGCGUUGACCGUGCCCACUACGUUUUGCUUGUCCUCAAUGAGCUCUUGACCGGCACCGCCUUCCACCGGGACCCCAAGAAGUGGAAGCUGCAGCAGCCGCAAGUGACGGAUUGCAGGAGUUUGUUUGACGCGGCCACGCCUUUCACGCGAGUCACAGUGAAAGACAUCAGCAGCAGGCUCCACGACAUGGGUUUCCAGCGGUUUGGGAACGAAAAGGUUUGGAAUGGUCACACUGGCCGUCCGCUCACGAACAAGAUCUUCGCGGGGCCUGUGUAUUACCAGCGCCUCAAGCACAUGGUCAGCGACAAAGUACAGUCUAGGUCUCGUGGUCCUGUCCAGACCCUUACAAGACAGCCAACUGAAGGUCGCGCAAAAGAGGGCGGCCUGAGAUUUGGAGAAAUGGAAAGAGAUUGCAUCAUCUCCCAUGGGGCAGCGAAGUUCUUGAAGGAGCGUCUCUUUGAUGUAUCUGACGCCCAUCGCGUUCAUGUGUGCGAUACGUGCGGUUUGUUCGCCAUCGCAAAGCUCAAGAACGACACUUACGAGUGCAAGCUUUGCAAGGACAAGGCCAAAGUCUCCCAGAUUUGCUUGCCGUAUGCCUGCAAGCUGAUGAUCCAAGAGUUGAUGACAAUGAAUAUACUGCCCCGCCUAGUUCUUCACGCCACCCAGCUGGCUUUGAUUAUGAAAUCUCUUCAAAGAGUCAUGUUUCCGCUUUUUGUGUGCUGUAAUUGGCCCACAUGGGUAUUGACGCAUGCGUGCUUCAGAAUAUCCCACUAA